CAACGGAUGCAUCUGCUCUCAAAGGUAUGACUGGUGUUCGUCUUGGUAUUAUUCUACAAGCAGCAAGUGCUUUGAUAACUGCUCUUGCUAUUGCAUUUGCAGCUGGAUGGAAAUUAGCAUUUAUUGUUACCUGUUUUAUUCCAUUAAUGAUGGUUCUCGGAAAAAUUCAAGCUCAAAAACAAAGUAAAGCAGGUGAAACAAAAAUAAAAAAUUCAUAUGUUGAAGAAGGUGGACAGUAUGUUACACAAGCUCUUGAACAUAUUCGUACUGUUGUUGCCCUUCAUCGUGAAGAUUAUUUUAUUCAUUUCUAUGAAAAUGCAUUUAAUCAAGAAUUUAAAAAACAAAUAUGUAUUAUGCAUGUGGCAGGAAUUACUGCUGGUAUUGGUAAUUCAGUAACAUUUUUUCUUCAUGCAGCAAAUUUUGCAUACGGUACUAAACUAGUCGUACAAGGAGAAAUAACAUUUGAUAAAAUAUUUCGUAUAUUUGCUGUUAUUACUUUUGCUAUGGUUUCUAUUGGUCGUUCAUUAGCUUUAAUACCUGAUUAUUCCAAAGCACGACAAUCAGCAUUACGAAUAAUAGAACUUAAUAAACAAAAAUCAAAAAUAAAUCCUCAUGAUGAAUCAGGCAUUAUUUUAAAUGAUGUUAUUGGUAAUAUUGAAUUUCAUAAUGUUCAUUUUCGAUAUGCAAAUCGACCUACAAUUCCUAUUCUUAGAAAAUUUUCAUUAAAUUGUUCAUCUCUUAGUACAACAGCACUUGUUGGACCGUCAGGAAGUGGAAAAUCAACAAGUAUAGCAUUAUUAGAAAGAUUCUAUGAUCCAUUAAAAGGAAAAAUUUUACUUGAUGGAUAUGAUAUAAAAGAUCUUAAUAUUCAAUGGUUUAGAUCAUUAAUUGGAUUUGUUCAACAAGAACCAAUUCUUUUUAAUCUUUCCAUUCGUGAUAAUAUUGCUUAUGGUGAUAAUAGUCGACAAAUUACACAAGAUGAAAUUGAUAAUGCUGCAAAAAUGGCAAAUAUUUAUGAAUUAAUUAUUUCAUUACCAGAAGGUUUUGAUACAUUAUGUGGUUCUAAAGGUAAUCAACUGUCAGGUGGAGAAAAACAACGUAUUGCUAUUGCUCGAGCAUUAAUUCGAUCACCAAAAAUUCUUCUUCUCGAUGAAGCAACUUCAGCAUUAGAUAAUAAAAGUGAACAAGUUGUACAACAUGCUUUAGAUCAAGCAAUAUCCAAUAGAACAUGUUUAACAAUUGCACAUCGUCUAUCAACAAUUCAAAAUUCACAAAAAAUAGCUGUUAUUGCUCAUGGAAAAAUGAGAGAAGAAGGUACACAUGAUGAAUUAUUAAAAUUAAAUGGAAUUUAUAAAAAAUUAACAUUAGCACAAGAACGGUUGACUUAG